UGGAGAAUCACACUGACUGAAGAGACUGUCUUGGGUCAGACACCCUCUCUACACAAUGGCCUUUGGAGCCGCCCUGGCCAAGCUCCAGGCAGAGGCCCGCUGUCCCAUCUGCCUGGAUUACCUGAGAGACCCAGUGACCACUGAGUGUGGGCACAACUUCUGUUCCUCCUGCAUCCACCAGUGCUGGGAAGGUCUACAGGGCACCUUUCCCUGUCCUGUCUGUUUCCACCACUGCCCUGACAGGAGCUUGAAGAGGAACACCCAAUUAUGUCACAUGACUGAGAUUGUUCAGCAGAUUCCCGCCAUGAGGGGAAAGAGGAAAAGGCAAGAGGAAACCCUGUGUAAGAAGCACCGUGAGGAUCUGGCCCUGUUCUGUGAGAAGGACCUGGAGCUGUUGUGUGCCCAGUGCAGGGUCUCCUCUGAUCACAGGGAUCACCCCCUGAUGCCCAUUGAAGAAGCUGCAGCUACUCACAGGAGGAAGCUCAAGAGCUAUAUUGAGUCAUUGAGUGAGCAGAUUGAAGAUACUGAAAAUCGGUCAGAAAUGCAAGUGUCGAAAUGUUUUGAAUUGAGACAGAGGAUCGAACAUCAAAAGGAUGAAUUACACUCUGAAGUUAAACAACUUAAACAUUUUUUGGAAAAGGAACAGAAUACAAUGCUUAUCAGUUUGCUAACUGAAAAAACAUAUGUUGAAGAAAAAUUAAUGGAAGAGACAAACCAAAUAUCAAACCACAGCUCCAUAUUAACCAGUCUGCUUGGAGAUAUUAUCAGUAAGUGUUUGCAGACAGACGUGGAUUUACUCACUGGUAUUGAAAGUAUCCACAACAGAUAUAAUAACCUAGAGACCCCGGCCACCUUUUUAUAUGAAUUAAAGGAAGAGAGUUGCUCUCUCCCCCCCCCCCCACAUUAUUUGGGCCUGUAUAAAAUGAUCCACACAUUUCAGGCAGAUUUGACACUGGAUCCUGAAACAGCCCAUCCAAGUCUCAUUAUCUCAAGAGAUAGAAAAAGUGUGACCUAUAGGCCAUCAUUUGGUCUUCAUAAUCCCCAGGCACGCACUUCUUACCCAGCUGUCCUGAGUUCUGAGGGAUUUGAUGUUGGCAGGCAUUUUUGGCAGGUAGAAGUGAGAGGCACAGGGGCAUGGUCCUUAGGCGUGUGUAAGGAAUCUUUCCCCAGGAAUGCUCCUAUGCUACCAACCCCAAGAAAUGGCUGCUGGCAGUUUCAGUUCUGGGCUAAUACAUCUGUCACAUGCCAUUCAGGGAACUGGGAAUGGAUAGGCAUUUUUCUGGACUAUGAGUUGGGAGAAGUUUCAUUUUAUAAUUUGAGAAAUAUAUCACAUUUGUAUACUUUCAGUGGAAGUUUUACAGAAAAACUUAUGCCCUAUUUCUGCCUAGGACCUUCUUCAAAAUCACUUGUAAUGCGUAUAGUCAAAGAUGAAUGA